AUGCCUACUGCGUUUCAUUCUUCCGUACUCCUAAAUUUUUCUCCGAUAGUCCUAAUUUGUCCGUUCUUCCGUACUUCAAUUUUCUUCUCAAUAUUCUGGACACUACUGCAUUUCUUUCUUUCCUACCCUAAUUUCUUUCUUACGUACUCCAAUUUUACCGUUCUUCAAUCUUCCGGACGCCUACUGCUUUUCUUUCUUCCGUACACCCUAUUUGUUUCUAUCGUAGUCCUAUCUUUUCCGUUCUUCCGUACUUCAGUUUUCUUUCAAUCUUCCAGACGCGUUCCUUCCAUCCGUACUAUUUCUUUCUUCCGUAAAAACUGCAUUUCUUUCUUUCCGGCGCUAAUUUCUUCCUUACGUAGUUCUUUUUUUCCGUUCUUCCGUACUUCAAUUUUCUUUCAAUCUUCCGGACGCCUAUUGCGUUUCUUUCUUCCGUAUUACUUAUUUCUUUCUUCAGUUCUCCUAAGUUUUCCUUUCUUCCGUACUUCAAUCUUCUGUACGCCUACAGCGUUUCUUCCUUCCGUACACAUAAUUUAUUUUUUCCGUAGUCCUAAUUUUCCCCUCCUUCCGUACUUCAAUUUUCUUUCAAUCUUCCGAACACCUACUGCGUUUCAUUCUUCCGUACUCCGAAUUUUUUUCUUCCAUAGUUCUAUUUUUUCCGUUCUUCCGUACUUCAAUUUUCUUUCAAUCUUCUGGGAGGCUAGUGCGUUUUUUUCUUCCGUAUUUCUACUUUCUUUCUUCCGUAGUCCUAUAUCUUCCGUUCUUCCGUACUUCAAUUUUCUUUCAAUCUUCCGGAUGCCUACCGCGUUUCUUUCAUCCGUACUACUAGUUUCUUCCUUUCGUAGUCCUACUGCAUUUCUUUCUUACGUACUCCAAUUUUUCCGUUCUUCCGUAGUCCAAUUUUUCCGUUCUUCCGUACUUCAAUUUUCUUUCAAUCUUCCGGACACUUACUGCGUUUCUCUCUUUUGUACUCCCUAUUUAUUCUUUCAAUCUUCUGGACACUACUGCAUUUCUUUCUUGCCUACUCUAAUUUCUUUCUUCCGUAGUCCUAUUUUUUCCGUUCUUCCUUCCAUCAAUUUUAUUUCAAUCUUCCUGACGCCUACUGCGUUUCUUUCUUCCUCCUAUUUUUUCCGUUCUUCUUUACAUCAAUUUUCUUUCAAUCUUCCGGACAUCUACUGUGUUACUUUCUUCCGUACUUUUAAUAUCUUUUUUUCCGUAGUCCUAUUUUUUCCUUUCUUCCGUACUCCGAUUUUCUUUCCGGACGCCUACUGCGUUUCUCUCUUCCUACUCCUAAUUUUCUUUCUUCCGUAUUUCUAUUUUUUCCGUUCUUCCGUACUUCAAUUUUCUCUGAAUCUUUCGGACGCUUACUGUUUUUCUUUCUUCCGUACUCCUAAUUUUCUUUCUUCCGUAUCCUAUUUUUCCUGUUCUUCCGUACCUCAGUUUUCUUUCACUCUUCCGGACACCUACUGUGUUACUUUCUUCCGUACUCCUAAUUUCUUUUUUUUUUUUUUCCAUAGUCCAAUUUUUUCGGGUUCUUCCGUACUUCAAUUUUCUUUCAAUUUUGCGGACGCCUUCUUCCGUACUCAUAAUUUCUUUCUUCCUUAG